AAGUGCCCUACUGCUAGCCUUAUUGAUCAGCUGUUUUAUUAAACGUCAAUCGGUGUAUUAGGAAGGAAGCUCAUACACAGCACAUAAUUAAAUUUACUGAAAUUCAAAUAUAAAUCACUACCAAUUAUAACAAUUCACUUAAAAAUGGCAACGUUAGAGGAUAAAUUGAUGGGAGAAAAAUUAGAGUAUUAUUGUAGCAGUAGCGAAGGAGAAGACAAUGGUGACGGUGAUGAUGAGACCUGUGGAAGAGAUUCUAGCGGUAGUAAACAAGGAGCUGCUGGUUACACGGACCCGAAUGUUUGUCCCCCAGCACCCGCUGAGGGGUAUCGUUCUCAAGUCUCUACGAACACUGGUCCUAAAGGUGUGGUGCAGGAUUGGCAACGUUUUAAACAACUUCAAGCAGAAAAACGCGAAGAGUCUGAACGUCAGCGUAUAGAACUGGCCAAAAAGCUUACAAUGGCCACGGCAACUGCCAAGGAAGAAGAAGAACGGAAGCGCCAAGAAGAAAUUGAUGCUGAAUUAGAUGAACUCAUGAGCGAAGACUUUUUACAACAAUAUCAAAAGCAACGAAUGGCUGAGAUGCUCCGGCAAUGCGGUCAUAUAAAGCAAUUUGGGAAAGUUAUCAACUUAACAACGCACGAAGAAUUUUUAGACUUCGUUGAAAAAGAAAACAAACACACCACCGUUAUUAUACAUAUUUACGAUAAGAAUGUGAGCGCUUGUUCUACUCUGAAUCGUUGCCUUGAUGCGCUUGCAACUGAGUAUUCAUCCAUAAAGUUUGGUAAGAUAUGUAGUUCUGUUGCUGGAAUGAGUCGAGACUUCCGUUCCAAGGGGCUGCCAGCUUUACUAGUCUAUAAAGCGCAGGCAUUGAUCGGAAAUUUCGUGCGUGUCACAGAUGACUUAUCAGAUGAUUUCUUCCCAUCGGAUGUUGAAAGCUUUUUAAUCGAGAACGGCAUAGUGGUAGACAAAACGUUGUAUAAUUAAGAAAAAAUCUUAACUUGUACGCUAUGCCAGAUAUUUGCUAUUCGUAGUACAAUGUACGGUUGCCAGAAUGAUACAACUAUUUGUAUAUGACCCAUUCGACUACCCAACAAACAUUUAGGUUAGAGAGCGAUUAGAAUGCAAUUCGAAUUCGAAAGUGUUUCUCUAAAGUAGAAGGUUAGAUUAGAGAAAUUGUUGAGAACUUUAGCAUUCUCUACAAAAAGGGGACUUAGUUCUCGAUAUCGAGAAAAAGGUUAGAUAUCGAAUCGUAUUCUAACGUUGAAUUCUAAUUGGUUUUCAAUGUCUAGUGCCUAGUGUUUUUCGUAUCAUUCUCUAACCUAAUUCUAAGAUAGUACUCUAACCUGGGCAUGAAUCACGUAACUUUGCAACGAUAGUCGUUCAAACGAUGCUGACAAAACGAUUUCGUCAAAACACUGAUUCAUAUAUUUGUGUUGCAGUUACGUGUUACGUGAAGCAAAAUUAGAAUCGUUUUGACGAUAACGAACAAACGAUCAAAUAAGUUUUGGUUUUCAUGAAGCAAGACAAUCUCGACACGAUAUCGUCCAAACGAUUGUCGUCAUACGUGAUUCAUGCCCUGAUUUUCGAUUCGAGAACUACAUUAGAAACGUUUUUCUAACGUUAUGCUGGAUUUCAACUAGGCAUUAAAUGGCAAAAAUUACAAAGAUGGGCAUUAAAAAGUAAUCGUGUCAUUACGUUAAACAAAUUGACAGUAAGUUCAUUUUCACAUGGCAUUUUUUUAAAUAGCAUAAAUUUUUUGGCAUUUUAAUGCCUAGUGGAAAUUCGGCAUUAGAGACCAUGUUUGCUGGGUACAUAUAAGUUCUUUAACUAAAUUAAGAGAGCCCAAUCUAAAUAGCCUUUAAUGUGUUCCUUCAAAUUUCUACUAACACUAUAUGUGUAAUUAAUUUUAAGACUAAGCCCUAGUUAAGAAUAUACAUUUAUCUAUAUACAUUAGGGUGGUAAAAAAAAAAGUAAAGUCGGAAUUUUAAUGCUCUAAUCCCCUUAGGAUUGUUCUAU